AGUUUUUCUAACCACGUGAUCAAAACUGUCAUGGCUGCGCCCUCGUGCAAUGCGUGGUUGCCAUCAUUCGCAGCGAUACUUUUGACUUAAAAAAGCAAAUCCAGUCAAGGUAGUUGUUUGUUUUUUAAUACUUUUACUCAUAGUUGUUAUUUUUGUUGUCUGUGGUGUACCGAGCCAAUCGGGUCGGACAUUUUUAGGAGGGAUUUUCUAUAAAGUACACACAUAACGCCACGAGCAUAUCAGCUCCGUUUGAGAGAAGCAAUCCAACAAAUCUACGCGACUCGGUGUAUAUUUGUAGGAAAAUGAAGACAUCAAGGAUGAUGCCCAGAAACAAGCGCAUGUUCUCCGGGAUGAGGAAACACGCCAAACGGAGCAUCCACGUGAAAGGCAACUGGAAGCCUGUAGAGAUUGAUCCCAGCAUCUUCUCCGAAGAAGGAAUGGAGAGCCUGGUGUGCUUUGAAGAGCUGACAGAUUACCGGUUUGUAGACUCGGAGAAGGCUGCUGCUGCUGCUGAAGCAACAAAUGAACCCUCAAGGCACAACAAGAAGAAGAAAACGAAGAGAAAGGCCAGCGAGGCGAAAGAGGCAGGGGAGGAGGUAGAUGUGGAGACUAAAGACGGGGAGAACACUGAUGAACCCGUUAAGAAGAAAGCUAAAGAUAAGAAAAAGGCCCCACAGGAAUCGGACCAACCAGACGAGACUGCUGAAGAGGCGCUACAGAAUGAUGUAGCUGCAGGCAAGGAGGCAGGAGACUGUGAAAAGCCUCCAGAAGACGCCUCUAAAGAUGUAUCAGAGGCCCAAUUAAAGCCCCCCAAGAAGAGCAAGAAAAAGAGGAAAAAGAAACCCAAGAAACCGAUGAAGAAUGAGAACAUCCCGGACGCACUGUCGAACCAGGAGUCCAUCCCAGAACCUCAAGCUCCAGAGAAAGAAAAACCCACUCAAGAUGAAGUCCUAAAGCCUCCCAAAAACAAAAAACAGAUAAAGAAUUGGACAAAUGCAGCAAGUUCUGGCUGCGGUGACAAAAACGCUGAUGUGAGUGGCUGGAAGGACCUGUUCGUCCCAUCUCCGGUGCUCAAGGCCCUCAGCAGUCUUGGAUUUAGCUCACCGAGUCCCAUACAAGCCCUGGCUUUGCCUCCAGCUAUCAGGGACCGUAUGGAUAUAUUGGGAGCGGCUGAGACAGGAAGUGGGAAGACGCUGGCUUUCGGGAUUCCUAUGAUCCACGCCAUCCUGGAGUGGCGCAACCGUUCGCAAGAGCCAGAUGGUGAUGAUGGUGAUGAUGAUGAUGAUGAUGACGACACUGAAUCGACCGUGAAAAAAGGGGAGAGUUUUUAUCUACCAUCUGUAGAUGAGUCCGCAAUAGAGGAAGACCGGGAGGACGAGGACGAGGACGUGGACACAGAGGGAGGAGAGGAAGAAAGCGUCACAGAGCAGGGUCAAGGUGACCCCGGCGAAUGUGACGGCGAGGACGACUGUGAAGAAAAAGAUGGCCAUGAGAGCCCCGGGGAUGAUCCAGUGAUCGAAAACGCGCAGUUUGACCUCGCCACCGAACCAGAAAAGGCAAAACCAUCAGUGGCGGGUGGUCGCAGUCAGCCUCUGCUCGGCCUGGUGCUCACUCCCACCAGGGAGCUGGCUGUUCAGGUCAAGCACCAUAUAGAUGCCGUGGCCAAAUUUACAGACAUCAAAACAGCGAUAGUGGUGGGCGGAAUGGCACAGGAGAAACAACGGCGGAUGCUAAGGCGAAGACCCGAAAUCGUUAUUGCCACUCCAGGACGUCUGUGGGACUUGAUCCAGGAGAAGCAUCCACAUCUGCUGAAUUUGAGAAAGCUCAAGUGCCUGGUCAUCGAUGAAGCGGAUCGCAUGGUGGAGAGAGGCCACUUUGCAGAGCUGGAGAGUCUGCUGGAGAUGCUGAACAACGAUCACUUUAAUCCCAAGAGGCAGACCUUUGUGUUCUCUGCCACACUGACCAUGGAUCACAGCAUGCCCACCCGCCUUCUGCAGAAGAAGAGGAAGAAGAAUCUGGACCAGAGGAACCAGCUGGAAACUCUAAUGUACAAAGUGGGGAUCAAGUCCAAACCCAAAAUCAUUGACCUGACCAGGAAGGAGGCCACAGUGGAGAGCUUGACCGAGACCCGAAUCCAUUGUCAGAAGGAAGAGAAGGACUUCUACCUUUAUUACUUUCUGCUCCAGUAUCCCGGCCGCACCAUGGUGUUUGCCAACAGUAUAGACUGCAUCAAGAGACUGAACUCUCUGCUGGUCAUCAUGGACUGUACUCCGCUGCCCCUUCAUGCCAACAUGCACCAGAAGCAACGGCUCAAAAACCUGGAAAGGUUUGCCGAGAGGGAGAGUUGUGUUCUGCUGACUACUGACGUGGCAUCUCGAGGACUGGACAUCCCAAAUGUUGAGCAUGUCAUUCACUACCAGGUUCCCCGGACAUCAGAGACUUACGUCCACCGGAGCGGCAGAACCGCGAGAGCCACCAAAGAGGGUCUGAGUUUGCUGCUAGUAGGCCCAGACGACAUGAUGAACUUUAAAAAGAUCUACAAGGCUCUUGGGAAAGACGAGGAUCUUCCCAUGUUCCCCAUAGAGGCCAAGUGCAUGGACGCCAUCAAGGAGCGGGUCAACUUGGCCAGACGGAUCGAGAAGAUUGAGUUCCACAACAGCAAGGAGAAGCAGCACAACUCCUGGUUCAAACAAGCUGCCGAGGCGCUGGAGGUGGAGCUGGAUGAUGAUCUUUUAAUUGGCAGAGGAAACGACGACGACGGUGACAGAGAGCAGCAGAGGGUGGUGAAAGGGAUGAAAAAGCAUCUGAAGCAUCUGAUCUCCCAGCCGGUAUUCAGGAAUCUGAAUAAGUCCAAGUACCCCACUCAAAUGGGAAGGCUCUCCAUUCCCCACAUGCCUGUGGCUGGGAGGGGAAACGCCCUCUCCAGUCUCUCGAGCCAGGAGACCAAGCGGAAGUUGAAGAAAGGUGGCGCGCAGCAGCGGAAAAAGGAGCAGCAGUGA